AUGUCAUUCGCCCUUGUUUCCCGGCGCUCGGCCCUCACCUUCGGCCGCCGCGCGGUCCGCUUCGAGUCUACCACCUCCGAGAAGGCUACCGAGGCCGCUAAGAAGACUGCUGCUAAGGCCUCCGAGCUCUCGACCAAGGCUUCCGAGGGUCUCUCCCGCGUCAGCUCCGCCGCCGGCCCUGCCCUUGCCAAAUAUGCCAAGACCCUCUCCAGCACCCUCGGCCGCGUCGGUGGCCGCACCGGCAAGCUGAUUGCCUUCGCCGAGCGCCAGACCCCCUUCGUCAUCUACUACAGCAAGGUCGCUGCUGAGCUUGGCCGCAUUGUUUUCAGGGGCCAGAGCAUGACUCCUCCCUCCGUCUCUACCUUCAAGGCCUACUUCCAGAACUUUAUCAAGUCCGUCCAGUCCGGCUCUUUCUUUUCCAACGCCGGUGCUUCCCUCCAGAACGUCCGCAACAUCUCCAGGACACAGGUCGCCGCUGCUGGUGUUCUCCUCGCUGAGUGCCUUGGCUUUUUCACCAUCGGCGAGAUGAUCGGCCGGAUGAAGCUCAUCGGCUACCACGGCGAGACCCACGCCGCCGCCCACUAA